CCGCAGCUUCAGGUUACAACACUUGCUUUGAUAUCCGUCGUGGGAGCUGUUUAAAAGACAAGCCAGGCAGCUUUCCUGGUCGCCCUGAAAAGCUUUUCCUCGGAGGUUUUUCGGCUUGUUGGAGUUCCGAGCAGCUUCCAAAACGAAAUGACUUAACUUUGGAGGAAAUAACGAGUUUGUUUUUGCUGAGUACUUGAAGUGAACCAUUGACCUGUCAGCAUGAGAAGCAGGAGCAACUCGGGAGUUAAACUGGACAACUAUGCCCGGAUGGUGCAACAAACUAUUUUACGGCACCAGGAUCCUGUAACGGGUCUUCUGCCCGGCAGUCCGGAUCAGCCUCACGCCUGGGUCAGAGACAACGUGUACAGCGUGGUGUCUGUGUGGGCCCUCAGUUUGGCCUACAGGAAGAACGCCGACAGGGACGAGGACAAGGCCAAGGCGUACGAGCUGGAGCAGAGUGUGGUGAAGCUGAUGAGAGGCAUCCUGCAGUGCAUAAUGAGGCAGCUGGAUAAGGUGGAGAAGUUCAAAUACAGCAGGAGCACCUCCGACUCGCUUCACGCCAAGUACAACACGCGGACAUGUGCUCCUGUUGUCGGGGACGACGAGUGGGGUCACCUGCAGGUGGACGCCACCUCGCUCUUCCUGCUGUUCCUCGCUCAGAUGACGGCGUCAGGUCUCCACAUCGUCUACACCCAGGACGAAGUGGACGUAGUUCAGAAUCUCAUGUUCUACAUUGAAGCAGCGUACAAAGUGGCUGAUUACGGGAUGUGGGAGAGAGGAGACAAAACCAACCAGGGCAUCACUGAGAUCAACGCCAGCUCUAUCGGCAUGGCUAAGGCGGCGCUGGAGGCUCUGGAUGAACUCAACCUGUUCGGAGCGAAAGGAGGACCUGGAUCUGUGGUGCACGCUUUAGCUGACGACAUACAGCACUGCCAGUCCAUCCUGACGUCCAUGUUACCCCGGGCGUCGAUCUCUAAAGAGGUGGACGCCGGCGUGCUGGCGAUCAUCUCGUACCCGGCGUUCGCCGUGGAGGACAUGAGCAUCGUCAACCUGACCAAGGAGGAGAUCAUCUCCAAACUGCAGGGUCGAUACGGCUGCUGCAGGUUCCUCAGGGACGGACACAAAACACCUAAAGAGGAUCCGAGCCGUCUGUACUACGAGUCGGCGGAGCUGAAGCUGUUUGAAAACAUCGAGUGCGAGUGGCCGCUGUUCUGGACCUACCUCAUCCUGGACGGCAUCUUCAUCAACAGCCCGGAGCAGGUGCAAGAGUACCAGGAGGCUCUGGAGGGGAUCCUGAUCAAACAGAAAGACGGGAUCCGACUGGUCCCGGAGCUCUACAGCGUCCCUCCAGAGAAGGUGGAGGAGGAGUACGUGAACCCUCACUCCGUGGAGAGGGUCUCGAUGGGUAAAUGUCCUCUGAAGUGGGGACAGUCGCUCUACAUCCUCGGGAACCUUCUGUCAGAGGGAUUCCUCGCCCCCGGAGAGAUCGACCCUCUUAACAGACGCUUCUCGACCAUCGCCAAGCCUGACGUGGUCGUACAGGUGUCCAUUCUUGCGGAGACGGAGGAGAUCAAAGAGCUGCUGAUGAAGAACGGCAUCAAUGUGGAGACGGUCGCUGACAUCCAUCCCAUCCACGUGCAGCCCUCCAGAGUCCUGAGCCACAUCUACGCCCGACUCGGUCGUAACCCUCGGCUGGGUCUGACCGGCCGACCCUACAGGAGGAUCGGAGUCCUGGGAACCUCCAAGUUCUACAUAAUCAGGAACACCAUGUUCUCGUUCACACCUCAGUUCAUCGACCAUCAGCAGUUCUACUUGGCAUUGGACAACAAAAUGAUCGUGGAGUCGUUGAGGACGGAGAUCGCCUACCUGGCGUCCCGCUGGAGGAUGACCGGGCGACCCACCGUCACGUUUCCCAUUUCGCAGACGAUGCUGACUGAAGACCACACAAACCUGGACCCUGCAGUCUUAGCUACACUGAAGAAGCUACAGGACGGAUAUUACGGAGGAGCGAGGAUCCAGACGGGGAAGCUGUCGGAGCUCAUGACCACUUCCUGUUUCGCUCACCUGAGCUUCCUGGACGGUAAGGCUUCCGGCAGCAUGAGCCGCCGCGACGAAGAGUAUGAUGAUGAUGGUGAUGGUGAUGAUGAGGCUGUCGCCGAUGGAUACGUGCAUGAGUUACGUUGUGAUGAUGAGGCCGACGACCUCGCUCAGUACCUGGACCACCUGUUGGCUCACGCCGCCCCCAAGAAGCCCAAACAGGAAGUGAAAGGUCUGGGGAGGUUCAAGGCCGCGGCCUCCAAAACCAAGGCGAUGGUGUCUCUGAUGAACAAAGCUCAGGGCCUCGACGUUCACGAUGUGAACAUGUACCUGCCAAACAAGCUGUUCCGCACACGACAACCCUCCCUCAACCUGAACCUCCCCGACCCGGUGCCAGGGCAGGAGUCUCAAGGUCCUCAGGUGCUGCUCGCAGCAUUGAGCGAGAUCCCCCGAGACGCCAGCGGAGCCAUCGACCACCACGCUUUGGCCCAGAUGCUCAAAGACACUCAGAAUCUCCAGGACCAGGCCGACAUCCUCUACAUCCUCUUCAAAGACAAGGGCAUGGAGUGGGAUACUCAUCUGCACGGUAAAGGCUCCACGGUCCGAUCUCUGCUCUCUGACCUUUACGAGAAGGCCGGGGAACUGAAACACUGGAGCCUCAUCAGGAUGAUCUCCGGCAUGCUGAGGAAGAAGGUGGAGGAGCUGGACUCGGCGUGCUCCGAUCUUCUGGCUCAUCAGAAACACCUGACGGUCGGUUUACCUCCCGAGCCCCGAGAGAAAACCAUCACAGCCCCGAUCCCUCCGGACCUGCUGGCCGACCUCAUCGAAGAGGCCAGCGACAACAACAUCAGCGUGGCCAUCCUCACUCAGGAGAUCAUGGUGUACCUCGCCAUGAGCAUCAGGACUCAGCCGAACCUCUUCAGCGAGAUGUUCAGACUGCGGAUCGGUCUGAUCAUCCAGGUGAUGGCCACGGAGCUCGCACAGUCGCUCAACUGCUCAGGAGAGGAGGCCACAGAGAGCCUGAUGGGUCUGAGUCCGUCAGAACUGAAGAAUCUCCUCCAUCACAUCCUCAGCGGCAAAGAGUUCGGAGUGCAGCGCAGCGUCAGAGAGAUGGAAGCCGGCGUCAGUCCUGCCAUCUCCAUCCAUCAGCUCGGGAACACGGGCGCCACGAAGAGCGAGAGAGCCGGCAUCAGCAAACUGAAGAGCGACAUGAAGAUGCUGGAACACAGGUUGUCUUUGUCGGGAGAGCGCAGGUUGUCCCUGUCCGAUCCAUUUAAGGAGCCCAGGUUGUCUUUGACAGAUCCUGCAGAGGUUGACCGCAGAAUGUCUUUGACUGACUCAGUGAAGCUCGACCAAUCACUGAGCUUCUCUCGCAAGGGCUCGCGCUCCUUCUCUCUGGACAUAGACAACGUUGAGGCCGGGCGGUACAGACUGCCCUCCAUAGAAUCUUUGGACAUUCCGGAAUGCAUCCCGGCCGCCAAGGACACCCGGCACGGCCAGUGGCUGCGCAGGAGGCGCCUGGACGGAGCGUUGAACCGGGUCCCCGUGGGCUUCUACCAGAAAGUGUGGAAGAUCCUGCAGAAGUGCCACGGUCUGUCCAUAGAAGGGUUUGUCCUUCCGUCUUCAACCACAAGAGAGAUGACGCCAGGUGAGAUCAAAUUCUCCGUCCACGUGGAGACGGUUCUGAACCGCGUCCCUCAGCCGGAGUACCGGCAGCUGCUGGUGGAGGCCAUCCUGGUGCUCACCAUGCUGGCCGACGUGGAGAUCCCGAGCAUCGGCUCCAUCAUCCACGUGGAGAAGAUCGUCCACGUCGCCAACGACAUGUUCUGCAAAGACCAGACGGACCUCGGAGCAGAGGAGCACAUCCUGGAGAGGGAUCCGUCCACUGGAGUGUGCAGGCUUCUGUACGACAGCGCCCCCAGUGGACGCUUCGGGAGCAUGACGUACCUCACCAAGGCGGUUGCGGUGUACGUGCAGGACUUUCUGCCCAGCGGCUCGUGUGCCGUGCAGUGAGAGGGGAGAGCGGGGGAGAGCGGGGGAGGGGAUUGAAACCACAACAUUUGUUACAUUAUAAUAACCAUCAAUUAGUGGAACGUGAUGAAACAUGUUGUUAAACUGCAGCUACAGUCGGUCGCACGUCUGGACAAUUCAAACACAUUUGAAGCAAAAUUCAGACUUAAAUUUAAACUGUUACUCGUAUUACAGCUGAGGCACAUGAGAUUAAAAAGUGAAGAUCUUUUAUGUCCAGCACUGAGUUUGUUUUGGUUAUUUUCUGACUGAAAAAUCUACAGAAAUAUCCUUGAAGUUAAAAGAACUUGUCGAUCUCUGAGGCAUCGUUAGACUUUGUUGUUUAAUGGGAAAAGAGUCGAAUGUAUAAAUGAGAUGCCUUGAACAUCAACGUGAUUUGACUUUGACGUUUGGUAGCUGAGGAAACAAGGACGUGCCUGAACUGCCCGACUGAAGUCACAGUUUUCAUGACUUUCUUACAACUUUCUUUUUAUGAGUCUGUAACAUUUUUAAAAAAACUUGAAAACGGACUAUUCUUAGCACGUGUGUAACUUCUGAAUAAUGACUGUAAUUGAGCCUAAUUUAUUAUUACCACACGUUUGUUUUGUAACGUAGCUCAGCAGCUUAAAAACCCGCUUUACCUCUAAUCCUACAUGCUGUACGAUGUAUAAAAUAAUGACGGUUUAAAAAAAUCUACUAUUUAUUUUAAAACUUCUUAGUACUUUCACAAAGUCAGGAAAGAGGUCAGUCGUGUUUGUGUGUGUUGUAGUACCUCAAAUCAGUCUCGAGACCACUUUUUGAAGGUUUUGGAAUCAAAAGCAUUUUUACUCUGUCUUGUCUCGGACUUGGCGGACUCUGGAUUUUAAAUCAGGACCACCAGGAUUAUUCAGUGAUAUUUAUGGGCUUGUCUCGGUCUCGCCCUGGUCUUGGUCUUGACUAGGUCCUGAUCCCUAAAUGUCUCGGUCUCGGUCUCGGUCUCGGAUCACUCUGGUCUGUCUCAGUCUCAGCUGUGUGGUCUUGACAACAACACUAGUGUCUGUAUCAGAAUGCACAUCGUCCUUGAACGCCUUAAUUCUGUGUAAACGUGUGUGAGUGUGUGAGAGUUGUUUGGUUUGUAACUAUGCAAAAACAGCAGAAUGUGUAGAAAUCAAACCACCUUGUUUUGAACUCAACGUUUAUUAAUGAAUAAAUGAAUGCAUUUUCAGUACGCUUUGUACUUAA